CGGUCGUAUCAUGAUUGACAUGGUUAACGAUCAGAGUAGCUUUCGUAUUCUACAAGACAACACAUUGAAAGUACAACAGCACCCUCUCCAAAGUUGUUGUAUAAACAGGAAUAGAGAUUGGCACCCAUGACGAAUUUCAUCUGAAGUCUUUCGGAGCAAUGAUAAAGCGAUUAAGGAGGAACGAGUUCACUCCGCAGCUUACAGGGUACAAAACCAACCCAGAGUUAAACCAUGGUACCUACAUACAAAGUAGCGAUACGGAAGACAAAGAUACAACCCGAGAAUUGAUGAUCCCAAAGGAAAAGAUAUCAAUCCAGGAAAAAAUUGGCGAAGGAGCUUUUGGUGUCGUAUUGAAAGCAACAAUGUUAACAGAUGAAGGACCAAAAGAUGUUGCUCUUAAAGCCAUUAAAUGUGAUGCUGGGGAUGACACAAAGUCUGUCAUCUUUGACGAACUUAAAUUGAUGCGCAAGAUUGGUUGCCAUCCCAAUGUCAUUACUUUGCUCGGGGUAUGCUCACUAGAAGGACCGCUGUACAUCAUCACCGAAUACCUUCCAGGGGGGUCACUGCUAGAAUWUCUUCGUCAAUGUCGAUCCACACAAGGGAAACCCCAUGCCGAGAUAAGUGAACAUGAAAUCAUAAGCCUGGCUUUGGGAGUUUGCCAAGGGAUGGAACACUUGACAACAUGUGAAAUAAUUCAUGCAGAUUUGUCUGCWAGAAAUGUUCUCCUCGAUAAACACAGGGUACCCAAACUUUCUGACUUUGGCUUAUCACGUGAUUAUAAAGACAGUAAACUAUUGGAUGCCAAGAGUAGAGGACCACAAGGUAAACUGCCAAUCAAGUGGAUGUCCCUUGAAUCAUUACGUCAUGGUCUCUUUACCAGGAAGUCCGAUGUUUGGUCAUUUGGUGUCGUUAUGUGGGAGAUCAUAACUCUGGGCGGCUCCCCUUACCCAGGGAUCCCAAUAAGACAUAUUCUCAACAAGCUUUCAACCGGUUAUCGUAUGGAAAAACCAGAACAUUGCUCAACUGGCUACUAUGACGUCAUGAUGGCUUGCUGGGAGGCGUUUCCACAAAAUAGAAUUAGAUUCGAUGAAGUAAGCCCUAAGCUUCGUGACCUUCUUGCGUGCCCUGACAGAAAGCAGUUUAUAAAAGUAGAGGAUUUAAUUGUUUUUUAUCCCUUUAUGGACUUGAGUAUCAGAAACACUUCAUUAUUAAAUGGUUAUUAAGGUCAGGCCUUCUUUUGGAAAUCAUCCAUGGGUUCGCAAUCAGCACCUUAUCUAUUGUUUGAAAACUAAAAUAACAAUGGGCUAUUUUGAUAGGCUGACACUUUACGAACCUUGGGCUGAGACGUGAGCAAUGCUGUUUCUGUAGGACUCGUCACCCUUGCAAAAUUGCUGAAGAUAGAAAACUCAAACUAUUCUAUUUUCCAUAGCAAUUCUCGCCAUCUUUGCCAGUUAUCUUUGCUGGACAUGAUAGACGCUAUUCUAUAUUUCACGUGAGAUCAAAAUAGGAAUAGGAGUUGAAACAACUUAGCUAAAGAUUGUUGGUGUGCGUUAGGAUUAAAUGUAAUAUUCUCAAGAGUGAAGAAAAGAAUAAUCAUAUGUUUAUAUUUUUUAUCUCUUCGCGAGCARCUAUAUUGCGAAAUUUGAGUGCGGGAAAAAGGUGCGGCUGCACGUGCGCGUGCAGCCUGUUUCGUUUUUUUUAAAUCGAAUUUACCAGCUUUGUCACGCAUCUUCCUCGCCGUACCGUAAUAUGCAUUAACAAUGCAAAAACGCUACGAAAGCGCAUCAUUGUGGGCGAAUGUUGCGCAUUAAGUUUAGYAACCACUUUCCUUUAGAACAAUAAAAUUUUAUAGACAAA